AUGUUUCGAAAAAUUACUUCCAUUGCAUAUAAAAAAGCACAAACAAAAGGAAUAUUAAAACAAUAUGAUUAUUUAGAAAUCGAGCAAGAAAUAUGUUAUAGUUAUUAUUUAGACAUUGUAGAACCUGAUCAUUAUUUAAAAACAAAAAAGCCCCUGGUUGAAACAAAAGAAAAGCCUUUGCCAAAUAAUGGUCUUGCAUUUGCAGAUCAG